CCUACAUUACCGUUACCAACAAACAAUCUCACUCACUUCAUCUUCUUCACCAACCUCUUCUUUCUUUUUCACACUCAAUUCUUGAAAACCCUAAAAAUAGUAACACAAAAAAUUCCCCAAAAUCUCAUAAUUUUUUUUUCAAACAAUGGCAACGCUCGCACCUGGAAUUCUGGUAAAACUCUUAAACGGUUUAAACACCGGCGUGAAACCAACAAGCGAGCAUCGUAAUUCACUCUUACAAGUCACCGACAUCGUCCCCGCCGAUCUCGACGAAAAGAGUCUCUUCCCAAAACAAGGCUUUUACAUCAAAGUCUCCGAUUCUUCGCAUUCCAUAUACGUUACUCUUCCUUCUGAUCAACAUGAUUUUGUUCUCAGUAAUAAAAUGCAGUUGGGUCAGUUUAUAUAUGUUGAUAGAUUAGAACCCGGUUCACCUGUUCCGGUUCUUAAGGGUGCUAAACCCUUACCUGGUAGACACCCUUUCAUUGGUACACCUGAACCUUUAAUGGGCCUAAGGGAAAAAGCCCAGACCCAAGCCCAGGCUCAAACAUGUAAGCCUAGUUCUGUUAGAGGCUCUUGGGGUACUGGGAGGAAGAAGAAGAAUGAUGAUGAUGGUGAUGGUGAUGGUGGUGAUUUUUUUCCGUCUUCGCCGAUGGUUUUUAAACCGGUUAAUUUGGAUUUUGAUCAGUGUACACCGGUUAGAGGGAGGAGUAAUGGUGGAAUUGGGACUCCUGUUAGGUGUUCUGUGAGUGGAGGGCUUUUUGGUAAAAUGAAUGAUGCAAAAGGUGAAAGUCCUGGGUUGCUUAGGAAAAGUUGUGCUUUUGGUUCUUCUAAUGGGAAGAUUACAAGAAGUAGAAGUGUUUCGGAAAGAGAGAAUAGGAUACCUGCAAGUCCAUUUAGGUCAAAUCAGGAAAAGAGAGGCGGUACUCCGCCACCACGGUUAAGACAUGCAAGAGUGACGACUUCUGUUGGUGUUAUUGACGGAGUUACUCAAAAAGAGGACUCAAGUGUCACCUCUCAACAGAAAUCUCAUUCUACAACUAAUUCAGCUUUUGAUGAUUCUAACAAUCUUAGUCUACCCAUGAAUUUACCAGCAAGACUCGGCUCCUUGGGAAAGGAAGCUGUGCAGCAACGAGAAGUAGCUCAAAAGAUUGCCCUUCAAGCAUUAAGAGAUGCUUCAGCCACCGAGACAGUAGUUCGAUCCCUUAAGAUGUUUUCUAAUUUAGCCAAAUCAGCUCGAGCUGAUGCACCUGCUACAUGUUUUGAACGGUUUCUGGAAUUCCAUAAUGAUAUUGUCCAAGCAGUUAGUGCGAUGAUGUCAAUGCAAGCAGCUACUUCAGCUUCAGAUUUGGCUUCAAAAUCAGAUAAACAAGUUGAAGAAGAACAACCACAUGUUUUACACGAGGUUAUGCAAAAUUCCAUAGACCAAUCAGGAAACUCUACCGAAUCAAAUGUGUCAAAACGAAGGUGUGUUUAUAAAGGAAAAAUGGGAAAGCUGCUGAAGUCAUCAAGUACUAAUCAAAAGGAGAUUUUGGAGAAGAAAGGUUCUACCUUGGAACCAAUUGUUGAAAAUGAUGAGAACAAGAAACCAGUAUCUUGCAGCUUAAGCAACACAGUCAAGUUGGGAAAACAGAUUGAAACAGAAGCUGGGAAUUGGUUUAUGGAAUUCAUCGAGAAGGCUUUGGAAGCUGGUUUGAAAAAAACAAAGGAAGAGUCAAAAGGGGAUGUUCGUAAAGUCCCUCAAUCACUUAUACUUAAAGUUAUGAACUGGGUUGAGGUAGAACAAUACCAUAGUAAUAAGAGGCCUAGCCAUCCUAAAGCAGCACAGAUUGCUCGGAAGUUGAGAAUAAAGAUUAAGAACCCUUGAUACGUUGUUCAAAUGAUUUUUAAGUUGAGUGUGUAUUGUGUUUGGAAUAACAGUUGUGAGAAAUCAAUCAUAGUAAAUGUCAUUAGCUUAAAUGUCACGAGCCACUUUGAGUUUUUCAUAGUUGAUUUUAUUUGUAUUAUUCAACUCAAAUGUAUUAUUUGGUUAGGAUUGAACUAAUAUCAGUGAUAUUCAUAUUCAUUGUUUAUCUACAAUGAGCAUCUCAAAUAAACAAUUUUUUGUCAAUUUUUCUCAAA